GCGUGGCAGAAAAGGCGGAGUCUGUUCCGCAGAGCUUUCUCGCGGGCUCACAGCGGGAGCGAGUGCAGAGGGCCAUUGCUCAGGCAUUCCAGCUUCCCUGGGAGUGAGCUUUCUCGUUGAGCACGUCUGGCUUGUUGCUACAAAGACUAUUGACAUUGCUGGCUUCAGCAGCGGCCGCUGCUUAAGGUAGAGGUAGUUGCUUUCGGCAGAAGUUGCAGGCAUUUCCCCCUAGAAUUGCAAUAGACUCAAGCGCCCAUAGUAGAAGACAUGCCUCGGGGUCGGAAGAGUCGGCGCCGCCGUAACGCAAGGGCCGCAGAAGAGAACCGCAACAACCGUAAGAUCCAGGCCUCAGAAGCUUCUGAGACCCCGAUGGCCUCUUCUCUGUCCCCAAGCUCCCCGGAAGACGACCUGAGUGGCCCUGAGGAAGAGCCUCGCACUCCGGAGGAGGCCUCCAUCACCCCUGAAGAAGCCUCCAGCACUGCUCAAGCUCAAAAGCCCCCGGUAGCCCGGAGCAAUUUUCAAGGAACCAAAAAAAGUCUCCUGAUGUCCAUAUUAGCCCUCAUCUUCAUCAUGGGUAACAGCGCCAAGGAGGCCCUGGUCUGGAAAGUGCUGGGGAAGUUGGGGAUGCAGCCUGGCCGGCAGCACAGCAUCUUUGGAGAUCCAAAGAAGGUCGUCACAGAGGAGUUUGUACGGAGAGGGUACCUGAUUUAUAAGCCUGUGCCGCGUAGCAGUCCAGUGGAGUAUGAGUUCUUCUGGGGACCUAGAGCACACGUGGAAUCAAGCAAGCUGAAAGUCAUGCAUUUUGUGGCAAGGGUGCGUAACCGAUGCUCCAAGGACUGGCCAUGUAAUUAUGAUUGGGAUUCCGAGGAUGAUGCAGAAGUUGAAGCUAUCCUCAAUUCGGGGGCUAGGGGUUACAUUGCACCCUAGGAAGAUCUGGGGAAACCCUUAAGGGGGUUUGGAAACAAUAUCAAAGGUACCCCAAGAAAUAGAUUAGCUGGGUCCUGAAUUGAAUACCAUGGGAAACGGGGUGGGGGGGCAUUUGUUAUUUGUGAUCAGUGCUAAUUGUUUAACUGCAAAAUAGACCGUUUGCUUUGGAUGUUGUACGAUUUAUACAUUUUAAUAUAGUGCUGAUUAAGGUCACAAUAUGAUUAAAAUAUGAUUACAGAAAAGAUACUGUUUUUUUCUGUCAUUGAGAUUUAGUAUGACAGUUUUGCUUAUGUUAUAAAAUGAGCACAUCAUAUACUGUGAUCUAAUACAUAUUUUAUAUCAUUGAUAUAGGGUAUUCUUCAAAGUUUGAAAUAACCAGUAUGUGAAAGACGGGGGAAUUCUUUUAUGUCUCACAUUUCAGAAACCUUUGUGUAUGCUUUGGUGUAAAGAGAAGUGACAAAUACCACAAAUUUGCUUAGUUACUGCACAAUAUACAAAAAAAAAAAUAAAAGCAUAAUGACUAGGA